UAGCAUUAGUUGUUGAUCGGUAGUACAGCUACUCGCGUGUGUGCGCGGUUUUUUAAAAGUUAUUUUGUUCUGAUGAUCUGAAUCGUCAUCGAAAUUUUGCAUGGUUUUUUUCUUUCAACAGUUACUUCACAAGUUUUUAGUUACGUUUGUAAUAGGCAAAUAUGUAUUUCGGCAUGCACUUAACCUUAAAAAUAGAGCGUUCACAUGUUUAUUUGCUUGAGGAUUUACUGGUCUCUCUAUCCUUCUUUUUUAGACCAGACGGACCAGCACGGGAUAGGAGAGAUGGACCUAUAUAAUACAUGAUUGUUGUUUCAGGAUAAUAAUGCCCAAUCAGUAUACUCGCGAACGAAACGUGCCCGAAAGGGGUUCUUGGUCUGCAGAGGACUUAUGUUCUGCCAUUAAUGCAGUAGUGUUUGGCGAAAUGGGUGUUAACGAAGCAGCAAAAGCAUUUCACAUUCCAAAAACUACUUUUAAACGCAGACUUGCAGCUAGCAAUCUAAAUAAAACCGAUUGUUUAAGCCCUGGCAGCUUGCUUGGGAGAGAAGCAGAGGCCAAGCUCGCUACCCACAUCCAAAAAUUACAGAAAAGAGGCUUUGCACCGACUAGACAGGAAGUACGCAUAAUGGCCUAUAAUUUAGCCGAACGUCUUGGAAUUCAACAUAAAUUUAAUCGGGAAGAUAGUAAAGCUGGUGGACGGAAUUCAGACAUUACUGUUCGCAAAGCUGAAAAUACCUCAAUAGCGCGAGCUUUGGGAAUGUCUAAAAAUGUUGUAGACAACUAUUUUAAAGACCUCGAUGCUGUACUUUCUGAGAAUGGUUUGUUUGGCAGGCCUGGCAACAUUUAUAAUACGGACGAGACAAGUCUACAAUUGAACACGCGAGCUGGGCAGGUGCUGGGUAAGAAAGGAUCAAAAAGUAUACCUUCAAUUAGCCCGGGUAAAACGUUUACAGUAGUUGCCUUCUGUAAUGCAGAAGUUUAUUUGCCUCCUUACUGCGUGUUCAAGGGAAAAAAUGCUAAAGCGGAAUGGGCUGAUGGAAUGCCACCCGGCUCACGUGUACGCAUGUCAGAAAAGUCAGCGUACGUGACAUCAGAAAUUUUUCUCGUUUUGCUACAGAAUCAUUUCUACCCUAGAAAAGCACCUGGAAAGGUUUUACUAAUAGUAGACGAACACUCUUUCCACACGACUAAUCUUGACACGUUGCAAUUCGCUGGGGAUAACGACAUUAUUAUAUUUUGUUUGCCGAGUCAUACUACGCAUUACUUGCAGCCGGCCUUGAUCGGGCCUUUUUCAAGAGCCUUAAGGGGCAUUAUUACGAUUCGUGCAGAAGGAUGAUCAAAUGCAGCCCCACUAGGAAGUUAAAUCGAUUACAAUUCGGCAAACUUUUAGGGGAAGCCUGGGGCAAAUCGGCUACAGUCAGUAAUGCCGUAUCGGCCUUUCGGGCAACAGGAAUCUGGCCUUACAAUUCAGAUGAAAUACCCGAUUACGCUUUUCUAACGGAGCCACCAAAUGAGGCUGCAUUACAUUCAUUUGAGACACAUUUGGGGAAUAAGGUGUCCUCACAGAAGUGGCAACAGAAACUGUUUUGCAAGAAAUUUAUUCUCAAACUUUUCCGCGCGAAUGUGACUCACCUCAACCAGGCCCUUCUGGAAUGCAGCAGAAAAGUAUGGAAGAACCUACUGAAGAAGAAUUAUUACCUGGGAAACUACUUCAGGAGCUUUCUCCUGUGCCUCUUAUAACACCAGCAAUGAAAAAGGCUCGUUCUAAUCUAGUAGGUAACUUAACAUCACCAAGUUACAUGGCUCGAAUUCGCGAGAAGACGCAGAGACAAACACGUCAGCUUAAAAGGCAGAAGAAAGAAGAACCUUCCAAGAAGAAAUCACCAAAAUCUACUAAAAAAGUGUUGCAAAAGAAACGGAGGCAUGAGUCUACCGUUAAAGACGUUCUUUUGGAUGAUUCGUCUAGCGGGGAAGAAACCUUCGAUGACUUAGAAAAUCAGUGCGUCGGGUGUCUUAAAGAUUAUCGCCAUACAAAGAAAAAAGAGGACUGGCUACAAUGCAUUAUCUGUUCUAGAUGGUUGCACGAAGAUUUGCACAUCCUACACCAACAUAUGCCAACUCUGCGGUGCCGCCCCCAUUAUGAAAAAGGGGAAGAAAAGACUAAAUUAGUGUACACAAGAUCUCUUUCAAGACUUUCUAGCAAUGGGCCAAUUUAAGUUUUCAGUUUUUUAUGUUUUACAUUUAUUUGUCGAGUUGCAUUCAUAUUUAAACUGUGUCAAAAAGAUCACCAACAUAUAUAUUUACGUUGUACUUUUUUUAAGAGAAUAAUUCUUAUAAAUUAAUAAUUUAUUGAAAGUUUUCUAAAAGAUGAUCCAUCUCUCCUACUAUGGUCCAUCUCUCCUAUACCCUCUAGGAGAGAUGGACCAAUUUAA